AAAAAUCAAAUCUUACAUGCGAGUGCUUCUUCUUCUCCUUCCCAAAUCAUUUUGACUUUCUUGUGGACUCGAUUUUCCUCCUUACUUUAACACCUCCAUUUCUGUAUCGAUCUGUCUGCUUUCUGUUUUUGUUCAAACUUUUGGAGAAGCCAAAACCAGAGAUUGCAGCAAUCUGUGUUUGAUGAUUCAGGAUCAUCUGGAAAACUGAGAUCCGAGUAGAGAAGAAUGUCGCCGUCGAAUACGGCGGCGGUGUCGGCGGGCAACGGAGGAGGAAAGAAUUACAUCGAGCACCAUGUCUCCAAGAUGGACACUCUCGCCGGCGUUGCUAUCAAAUACGGCGUCGAGGUUGCUGAUAUUAAGAGGAUGAAUGGGUUUGCUACGGAUCUUCAGAUGUUUGCUUUGAAGACCUUGAAAAUUCCUUUACCUGGAAGACACUCACCAUCUACUGCACAAGAAAGCAACGGUGAAAAGUUGUCAUCUGGUUGUGGACAGUCUAAUGUGCUGCCGCCUUUCCGAUCUGUAGGUUCAAGAGCUCCCCGAGAUAAGGUUACUACAGCAAUGAGCAGUUUGCAGAAAUACUAUGGUCUAAAACCUCCUAGUCGGAGGGCCUCGAGUGAAGGCAUGGAGAUGGCUGUUUAUAGAAGUAGAAGUUCUGAAGACUUUGAGGAUGGGUUGUUGUCAAAGGCCUCGCCGUUUUCUGAUUCUCAAAAUCACCAUAGCAUGACUAGACGGUUUUCUGUUGGUCAGUUGUCUGAGAAUGGUGCUUUGGGUGAUUACUUUGCAGACUCCAUGGAUGGGGAGGGUGAGAAAUCUGAUGAUAAGUCGGUCCGGAGGCGUCAGAAGGUGGAAGUUGAAAAUGGGAAUGUCACACCAGAGAGGAUGUUGAAAGGGGAAAACAGUGGUGGGAGGAGUGGUUUCUCAGCCUCAACAGGAAAGGGUUUAGCCAUGAGGCCGAAAUCAGCAAGCCGGGCAGUGCUGCAAUCCGAGUCGGAUGGAGGAUGGUUGAACUCUAUCCCGGUGGGACUGGGAGAGUCUAUCAUGACCACUGAUGAAGUGGCUGUUGUUCGCAAAUCAUCAAGCACCCCAAGCUUAAAAGAGGAAGAAAAUAACAGCUCAGCAUCAGUUUGGCCAACUUCAAGGUGGAGCUUGAAAACAGAUUUGCAAGCUCUUUCAAAUGCAGCAUCUAUCACCAGACCAAUCUUUGAUGGCUUACCGAAACCAAUAACUGGCCGCUGGAAAACUGCCCUUGAUUAAAGGAGCUCAUUUACUCUUUCAUACAAUCAGCUGCACAUUUGGUGGUAUUCAUACUUCAUAUAUAUAUAUAUAGCUGCAGUGCAAUUCAAACAGAAGAAAAAUACCUGAGAGAUUAUGAUAGAAGCAGAAUUAUACGGCAAUAAGAUUCGUCUUUCCAACUAUUGGGUUAACUGCGGUAUGUUAAUAACAUUCAAAGUCUGAAGCCGUACCUGCAACAGCUUAAGAAAAGCUGCAACAGAGCAGAUAAGUGACGGGAUUAUUUAUUUCAUAUACUAUUUUUUUGUUCUCAGUUAUGUGUUCUCAUGUAUCGAAAAUAGAAAUCCCCACUUGGACAGGGAGUUGAAAUUUAGGUUGGUGAUCGUAUGUGUUAUAUAAUUGGAUCAAGAAAGGUGAUGCUGUGCAUUACAAUACAAUUGUAUCAUUCCCUUGCUUAUUGGCAAUGUAGAUCGAUUUUUUAUUUAUGAAACAAUACUCUUCUAGUC